AUGGAUGGAGAAUUAUCAUCAAGUCUAUCAAUACCAGAAGAUUUGGAACCAAAAACUACUAGUCAAGAUGACAGUCAUCCUAUUGUUGUUGGAACAAUAUGUGAUAACAAACAAGUGAAUGAGGUGGAGAAGAAGAGUGGCAGCUCACUCAACAACAAUGCUUUUGAUAAACUGAUGGAAUCACUUGAACAGUUGUCAAUUGAAAAGAAAGAUGAAAAUAUAAAGGAGAACAAUAAUAAUAAUAAUAAUAAUAAUACAAACGCAAAUACAAAUACAAAUACCGAGGAAGAGGAAGAAGAAGAAGAAGAAGAAGAAAAGGAUCCAAAACUUCAAUGCCCAGUUUGUAGUGAUCGUAUAAAGGAUCAUAAGCUUAUCAAAUGUUCUCAUGUCUUUUGUAAAGAGUGUAUAGACUCUUAUAUUAAAAGAAGAAUGAGAAAAUGUCCUGUUUGUAUGGCUCCAUUCACUGUAGACGAUAUACAAGAAAUAAUGAUGGAGAUAGUAUAUCCUCAAUUGGGAGGAUCAGAAUCGAUACUAUUAUCAAUCUUUUUCACAGUUCUCUUUGUUGGUAGCAUCUAUGUCAUCGGACCUGGUCAUAGAGAUGAUCCUCAAGUCAUCAAGAAUAGAUUUAAAAGUGUAUUCUCUUCUUCGUUUAUUGCCUAUCUUGUAUUAUAUUUUAUCAUUCCUCAACAAUCAAAUAUCAUUGGUGUCAAUGUCGAAUCGAUGUUAUUAGGUAUUCUACAACCACUGUUGUUGACAGUGAUACUAUUUUUUGGGCCAUUGGUUAUGUUGUAUGUCGAUUAUGAUUUGGAGGAUCCACCUUUUACAUUUAAAGAUUUCAAUAUCUAUUGGCUUCGUAACUUUGUUGUUGGACCAUCAGCAGAAGAGAUGGUAUUUAGAUCAGUGAUAUGUCCAAUACUAUACUUUGCAGGAUUUUCAUCGACAUCUAUCAUAUUAUGUUCUCCAUUGUUAUUUGGAUUAGCACAUGUACAUCAUAUCUACCCUUGGAAGGGUAAGAAACUAUCACACUUUAUUGUUGUCAUCUUUCAAGUGGUCUAUACCAGUUUGUUUGGCAUGUACUCUUCGUUUAUCUUUAUGCGUACAGGUAAUCUAUUUUCAUGUAUCAUUGCUCAUUGCUUUUGUAAUAUGAUGGGAUUACCUAAUUUCUCUGAUGUACCAGAUCAUGAUAAAAAGAUUUUAUUAUCAAUUUGUUUUAUAGUUGGAUUGGUUGGAUUUAUUUUUUUGAUUCCAAUCUUGGUAGACCCAACAUCUUUUAAUACUCUACUUUUAUUUGUUGUUGCAAGUUAUUGCCAACCUGAAUCACUUCAAUUCUUUUAUCAAUGGCCAAAUGUUGACUAUAUCACAUUUCAAGUUUUAAGAUUACAAGAUGGAGAGACUCUUCAAAACAUGACAAAUAUCAAUGAAGGUCGUUUUGGUAUUUGGGCAUUCCUAACAACCAAUGAUACAAAUGAAAUCUUAUUGGUUGGAUCAUCAUCAAAUGGUAUUCAAGUAAAAUCAUUCUGGCCAAUCGAUGGUGAAUUACAACCAGAAUGGAUUGGAUAUGCACAAUUUAAUUAUGUUUUUGCUCUCCAACCAGUACUUUGGGAUCAAUGGACAUUGUUUGUAUACGUUCCAGGUUUGACCUAUGCUGGUUCAAGUCAAUUAGGAACUUUGGCUCUUCUUGAAUUCAAUUUUGAAGAUUCUCAAAAGUAUUCACCAAUAAUUUUGGGUAUUUCAGAAACUACAACAAAUAGAUUUAAUAGUAAUCCAAUUGGAGCCUAUGAUGGUACAAACAAUUACUAUGUUUAUUACUCGAUUGGUUCAGAGUUGGGUAUUGUUCAGUACUCUUUUUCACAACAAAGCACCAACAAGGUUGUAUUGGCUGAUCAAGCCCAGGCAUUCACUGGUAAUGAUCAACUCUUUUAUUAUAACGGAUUAUUAUACUAUUGCAAGUAUGUCAAACAAGUUGGUGUUACCAUUUCAAGCAUCAACGUUCAAUCGGGUGGUACCACCAACAUUGUAUACAAGGACAACAGUUCCAAUAAGGGAUUCCAACAAAAUAUUCAACCAUUUGUUUUCGAUCCAUUGUCUGGAAGCAUUCUUAUUCUAAACACCAACGGAAAUAUUCUUUAUAUCGAUACCUUUAUCAUCUCUUCACAAAAAACUAUUUCAACAACCCUUCCAAACACAAUUCCAUCUGGAACUAAUAUUAUCGCCCCUUCCUUGUUAAAUGCUUAA